AACUCAAUUUAUUUGAGAAGCGAACCGUUUCAAACGAUUCCGUUCGAUUCGAUGAACUGGUUCAACCGACUCACUGAGAAGAACCGGUUAAAUCAAACGAAUCGUUCAUGAACCGGACACCAGCGUGCGCUUGCUGUGUCUUCUGAGCUGUAGAAUUGAAAAUGCACAAGAGGACCCACACUGGAGGGAAACCUUACAUGUGUUCACACUGCGAUAGGAGAUUUGUUCAUAGAGCAACUCUGAAAACACAUGAGAGGACCCACACUGGAGAGAAACCAUACAAGUGUUCACACUGUGACAAGAGAUUCAUUCAGACAGCAACUCUGAAAACACAUGAGAGGACCCACACGGGAGAGAAACCAUACAAGUGUUCAUACUGUGACAAGACAUUCAUUUGUUUAGGACAACUGAAAACACAUGAGAGGACCCACACUGGAGAGAAACCAUACAAGUGUUCACACUGUGACAAGAGAUUCGUUCAGACAGCAAAUCUGAAAACACAUGAGAGGACUCACACCGGAGAGAAACCUUACAAGUGUUCACACUGUGACAAGAGAUACCGUUUAUCAGAACAUCUGAAAACGCAUGAGAGGACCCACACUGGAGAGAAACCAUUCACAUGUGAUCUGUGUGGGAAGAGUUUCACACAAUCAACAAACCAUAAGUUGCACAUGCACAUCCACACUGGAGAGAAACCGUUUACAUGUGAUCUGUGUGGGAAGAGUUUCAUAAUAAAACGCAGCCUUAAAGAGCACAUGAACAUCCACUCUGGGGAAAAACCGUACACAUGUGAUCAGUGUGGCAAAGGAUUUGUAAGGUCUUCGGACCUAAAGAUUCACCUGACACUUCAUACAAAGAAGAAACGUCUGUAUUCAUGUUCUUUGUGUGGAAAGAGUUUUCCACUGCUGAAAAGUUUAAAAACACAUCAGAAAAGACAUACUGCCAAAAAAGCUUAUAUGUGCUUUGAGUGUGAGAAGACUUUUUUUACAAAUGAGCAUUUGAAAAUGCACCAGAGAACUCACACUGGAGAGAAACCUUACAUGUGUUCACAUUGCGACAAGAGAUUCAGUUCUUCAUCAAAUCUGAAAAAACAUGAAAGGACUCAUACUGGAGAGAAACCAUACACAUGUGAUCAAUGUGGGAAGAGCUACACUGAAUCAUCUUCUCUACAGAGACAUAAAAAAUCAUCCACAGCCCGAAAUCAUAAUAUGUGUACAAGAAAGAAAAGUCCAAAGUUGUCACGGUGAAUAAAGUUCAAGACUUCAAGACUUUUCAAGAGAUUCAGAUCAACUCAUAGAUAGUUCCUUCCCAAAAGAACAUCAUCUAAUUGUUUUAUUCUUGUUUCUCAAUUUGCUUCAUAAUAUAAUCUCUCAUUAUGCUUUAUAAUUUCAAGUUAGAUUUUUUUUUUACUCCAUUUAUGAAAAAGUGGACUUUUUAGUCGUGUGGACAACAAAGUGACCUGAAGAAGUGUCCAUCUUAGUUUUAAGAAAGACAUUGAUCUGGUGUUUGUGUUUAAUUGUUAAUCUUAUAAUCUUAUAAAUGCUCGACCAUUUGUGAUGCACUUGGUUUGGUUGUAAAUCAAUAAUUUUCUCACAAAUUUUCAAGUAAUCAUGUAUUAAAUAAUCAUGUAUUUUAUCAAUGUUUAUUGACCAUUUUUAAUGUCUAAUGAUG